UGUUUAAACAAUUUUUCCAGUCUUUGGGUUUCACUUGGAAAUUCUGCAGUGUUGACUGUCGAGUUGCUUGUCGCUUCCAGCUCUCCUUCCUUUCAAGUAAAAAUUUCCUGUUUUCAGGUGAUCGCAGUUCGUUAGUAAUUCCGCAGAUUUAAUCACCUUCGCAGUGCUUGGCAAGCGAAAAUGAGUCUCUCGCGCUCCCUACCGAGCACUAUGCCGCGUUCUCAGAAUGAAUUUGCUACUCAGCGCUCCCAACAUGAGCUGGCUCUUCAGGGUCCUGGCUUCGUUGGCAUCCGCUUUUGCGGGGAAUGCAACAACAUGUUAUACCCGAAAGAAGACAAAUCCACCAGACGCCUGAUGUAUACGUGCCGCAACUGUGUCUUCAGCGAACCUGCAAUGAACUCUUGCGUGUAUGUUAACAAGAUCCUCCAUAAAGUUGAUGAACUGACUCAUAUCGUCUCCGAUGUCGUCGCUGAUCCUACUUUGCCGCGGACGAACGAUCAUCCCUGCCCGAAAUGUGGACAUCAGAAUGCUGUGUUUUUCCAAGCUCAAUCUCGACGUGGUGAAGAGGAAAUGCGGCUGUACUAUGUGUGCUGUGCUGCCAACUGCCUGCAUCGCUGGACAGAAUGAAGCACUCUUAGGAAAUCAAUGACAAGGAUAAUCUCUUCUUUUUUUCUAAGUUUGUAUGAGAUCUCGAGUGUACUAGGUAUUAUCUCUGAUUUUUUCAUCUCUUACUUGUAUCAGUAUUUUUACUACGGUCUGUUGUGCGUGCGAUUUUAGUUGUGGAAUCUUGCAACAAAAGUAUCUUUGUGGUACCUUUAUGUACAAUAUUUUCCUAAGGUGUUGAAGAUCAGGUAAAUAUUAUUUACAGAAUUGCAUUUAUCCGAAUAUGGUGCCUUUUUAUUAAAGUUGCCUGAAAA